AAGUGGGGUACCGGAAGCGACCGUUGCCAUGGAGUCCGCGGAGGACUGGCUGGUGGAAUCCUUGCGCUUGUACCAGGAUUUCCAUGCAUUCGACCUUUCAGAAGCCACUCGGGUCCUUGAAUGGAUUGGUGACAAAGGAGUCUUUGUUGCUGGCUAUGAAAGCCAGAAAAAAAAUGAGAUUCUUCAUCUGAUAUUACCUCUCAGACUUUCUGUAAACGAAAACCAGGGCUUAUUCCCAGAAAGAGAUUUUAAGGUACGCCAUGGAGGAUUUUCAGACAGGUCUGUCUUUGAUCUGAAGCACGUGCCAGACACCAGGUUGCUGGUGACCAGUGGCCUUCCAGGUUGUUACCUGCAGGUGUGGCAGGUCGCAGAGGACAGUGAUGUUAUCAAGGCUGUCGGCACCAUUGCUGUGCACGAGAAAGAGGGGCAUCUCUGGCCUAGAGUGGCCAUCUUCUCGUCAGUGGCACCUGGAGUCCUCCAUGGGGCGAGGCUCAGCAGUCUGAAGAUUGUGGAUCUGGAAUCCCAGAAGACCACAUACACCUCAGGUGUCAGUGACAGUGACGAGCUAAGUAGCCUGCAGGUCCUGGAUGCAGACACCUUUGCCUUCUGCUGUGCCUCGGGCCGGUUGGGGCUCGUCGACACCCGCCAGAAGUGGGCUCCGUCAGAGAGUCUCAGCUCCUGCCCUGGGUCUGGUGGAGGGAGGUGGUGUGCAGAAGUUGGGGGCAGGGGCCAGGGCCAUGGAUGCAGCAUUGCCAGCCUCGGCUCAGAUGGGCAGCUCUGUCUUCUUGACCACCGAGAUCUCUCCCAUCCUGUAAGCUCAGUCCAGUGCCCAGUGUCCACGCCUAGCCCUGACCCAGAGCUGCUGCGAGUGACUUGGGCUCCAGGCUUGGACAACUGCCUGGCCAUUUCAGGUUUUGAUGGGACAGUCCAGGUCUACAAUGUCACGUCUUGGCAUGGAAUGGGGGGCCAAGUAGAACCUCUCUUCACUCACAGAGGUCAUGUCUUCCUAGAUGGCAAUGGGAUAGACACUGCUCCACUGGUCACUACCCAUACCUGGCACCCGCAAAAGCCAAGGACUUUGUUAUCGGCAGCAAGUGAUGCCUCUCUGCACGUGUGGGACUGGGUGGACCUCGGUGCCUCUGGCUGACACCAGUGUCUUUCUGCCCCGGCCUCUAGGAAGAGGAGGAGCUGCUGCAUAGCAAAGGUUCUGAUUUAGGACUCAAGUGACCACAGGUCCCUGUUACCAGCUGUACAGCCUUGGGCAAGUUAACUAGCUUCUCUUAGUCCCAGUUUCUUUAUUUGCAAAAUGAGACUAGUAAUACCUCGCAGGGUUGUUGGGAAAAUUAGAAGUAAUAUAUUAAAAAAUAACUGGUAGGAUGCAUGGCACAAUAAAUAUUUGGUAGGUCCUGUUAGAUCUGGGAACCUCAUUUCCCCUAAG